UGAUUAAUAAGUAAUGAAGUUCAGUGGUAAUAAUAGUUGUCAUCAUUAAGAAUUAAAUGGACCAAAUUUUAGACGUAUAAUUCCCAUAUUAUUUCGUCCACUUCAUCAAAAAUAUAUUUUCCUUGUUAAAGCAUUGACAAAACGGACGAAAGUGUCUCCGAGAAAUAUUAAUGAAGUGACAGAUGGUCUUGACCGAAUUAUAUGAUAUUUUUAUCUCGAAAUACAAGUAUUAAUGAAUCUCUCGUGAACAACAGGAAGCUGUCAGAUGAGGAUACACUUAUCAGAAAAAAUGUAGAUUUGCUUCGCCGAAAUUAUUGUAAUAACUAUUCGUCGUCUACUUCAGUGAAACUAUGAACAUCUCUGUGGUCUUUCUCGUGUUUUUGUUCAGUUUCUUAGAGCCAGCUGUGACUCUGAAUAUAAGAGAUGAGUUAGCUCUAGUAAACAGACCCUUCGUAAAUCGCACCGCUUCUCCAACAAACUUUGAGCAUUUCCGACGGAAAAGAUACUUAGGUCUAAGUAAACGUUUUAAGCUAAACAAACGAUACCAGGAAUGCGUAGCACCCGACGAUGCCAAGGGUCACUGUAAACACCUCAUUUUUUGCCCUAUGGCCGUGCUUAAAAAUGUUCAAAAUGUCCUCGACUACCUUUGUGUCAUUGAAAAAAUGCACGUCGGCGUUUGCUGUCCUGAUGACAUCGCUCUAAGCGGAGUAGCCGGUUCUCAAAUAAUUUUGGACCUACCGGGAGGAGGGGAAGAUUAUGAGAAAAACGACAACACGACAGGAUGCGGAAUUCCAAUUGAGGGAAACCCCGGUAGUAAAAAAUCAAUAGGUCAACAGUGGCCUUGGAUGGCGGCUCUUUUCAGACCGAAAGAACUGGCACAAGGCUUAGAGCAGCAGUUCUGUGGAGGGGCUGUUAUUACUGAAAAUCACGUAUUGACAGCGGCUCACUGCACUUUGGGACUCACAGCCGAUGAAAUACGCGUUCGUUUGGGCGAAUAUAAUUUCGCCAAAUCCAGUGAAACCCGAGCGUUGGAUUACGUCGUAGAAUCAAUCACCGACCACGAAGACUUCGAUAAAGCGACCUAUGCUAAUGACAUUUCAAUUAUAAAAAUGAAAAAAGCGACCAGUUUCAAUACCUACAUAUGGCCUAUUUGCCUACCGCCGGUCGACAGAGAUUUCGAAAAGGAAGUUGCUAUUGUUGCCGGUUGGGGACAGACCUUUUACGCUGGACCUAUCAGUCAAGUGUUGCUUCACGUCGAAGUGCCAGUUUGGACCCUCAAGACUUGUCAAAAUUCGUUCCUUCAAAGAAUCACCGAAGAUAAUCUUUGUGCCGCCGGGUUGGACGGCGGAAAGGAUUCGUGUUUGGGUGAUUCCGGGGGACCUCUAAUGUUCCAGUUGGAGAAUGGCCGCUGGAUCACUAUCGGGAUUGUUUCCUGGGGCAUCGGAUGCGGAAAUAAAGGAAGUCCGGGUAUUUAUACCAAAGUUAGUAAAUAUAUACCAUGGAUUAUCAAAAAUACUAUCGCGAAAUGAUCAGCUCGCUAUUGUUACGCAAACCCUUCUAUAUGUUCUACUAUUGCUUCUUAGAGAGUGCUGAAAUAUAGCAUAUUUUCUGUGGAUAAAUAAAGAGUAAAUUUUC